UGUAUCGAUUUUCGGUUUCGGUUAACGGUUAAGUAAAUCCGAAAAUCCCGAAAAUCGAAAAUCCCCUGAAAAAAUUACGAUGCGGAUGCGAAGCGGAAAGUAAAAUGUCGGCUUUGUGAUUAUAUAUAAAAAAAUCUUAAUUUUUCUUUAUGGUUCCUGUUCAUCGAUAAAUCCACCACGAUGCAUCUAUACAAUUUAACACUUCAGAGAGCUACUGCAAUUACCCAUGCUAUUCACGGCAACUUUUCCGGAUCAAAGAUUCAGGAAAUUGUUAUUGCAAGAGGAAAAAGCAUUGAACUAUUGCGAUUAGAUCCAAACACUGGAAAAAUUCACACGUUAUUAACAAUAGAAAUAUUUGGCAUAGUUAGGUCUAUGAUGCCUUUUCGGUUGACUGGUGGUACCAAGGAUUAUGUAAUUGUUGGAUCUGAUAGUGGUCGAAUUGUUAUUCUUGAUUACCAACCCCAAAAAAAUUGCUUUGUGAAAGUACACCAAGAGACAUUUGGUAAAAGUGGCUGUCGGCGUAUUGUACCUGGACAAUACUUGGCGACAGAUCCUCAUGGUAGAGUUAUAUUUUUAGGUGCAAUUGAAAAACAAAAACUUGCUUACAUUUUAAACAGAGAUGACCAAACUCGUCUUACAAUAUCUUCUCCUUUGGAAGCCCCUAAAAGUAAUACAUUAGUUUAUCAUAUGGUAGGUGUUGACGUAGCUUUUAAUAAUCCUAUGUUUGCUUGUCUUGAAAUUGACUAUGAAGAAGCUGAUUCAGAUCCUACAGGGGAGGCAGCUCAAAGAACUCAACAGACAUUAACAUUCUACGAGUUAGACCUUAAUGUAAAUCAUGUAGUACGAAAGUAUUCAGAGCCAUUAGAAGAACAUGCAAAUUUUUUGAUAACAGUUCCUGGUGGGGAUGAAGGUCCUUCUGGAGUACUUAUCUGUUCUGAAAAUUAUUUAACAUAUAAAAAUUUGGGAGAUCAACAUGAUAUUCGGUGUCCUAUACCGAGACGAAGAAAUGAUUUAGAUGAUCCUGAGAGGGGAAUGAUUUUCGUAUGUUCGGCUACAUAUAAAACAAAGUCUAGUUCAGCAGUGAGCAAAUCAAAAUCAAUGUUUUUCUUUUUGGCCCAAACUGAACAAGGAGAUAUAUUUAAAAUUACAUUGGAAACAGAUGAAGAUAUGGUUACUGAAAUCAAGUUGAAAUAUUUUGAUACAGUGCCAGUAGCCACAGCCAUGUGUGUACUAAAGACUGGAUUUUUGUUUGUAGCUUCAGAAUUUGGAAAUCAUUAUUUGUAUCAGAUAGCCCAUCUGGGUGAUGAUGAUGAUGAGCUCGAGUUUAGUUCUGCUAUGCCAUUAGAAGAAGGAGAUACUUUCUUUUUUGCACCUAGACAAUUACAGAAUUUGAUUUUGGUAGAUGAAAUUGAAAGUCUAUCUCCCAUUCUAUCUGCCAGGGUGGCUGAUUUGGCGGGCGAAGAUACUCCUCAAUUGUAUAUGUUAUGCGGCAGAGGACCAAGGUCAUCAUUAAGAGUGUUGAGGCAUGGUCUAGAGGUAUCUGAAAUGGCAGUUUCUGAGCUUCCUGGUAACCCAAAUGCAGUAUGGACUGUGAAAAACAAAAGUGAUGAUGAGUAUGAUGCAUAUAUCAUAGUUUCAUUUAUAAAUGCUACAUUGGUGUUGUCAAUUGGUGAAACAGUUGAAGAAGUAACAGACAGUGGUUUCAAAGGUACAACUCCUACACUGUCCUGUUCUGCUUUAGCUAAUGAUGCUUUAGUUCAGAUUUAUCCAGAGGGUAUGCAUCAUAUUGGUCCAAAUAAAAAAGUCAAUCAGUGGAAAGAUGGUAAAAAGUCGAUUGUAAAAUGUGCUGUCAAUCAAAGACAGGUAGUGUUAGCAUUGACAGGCGGUGAAUUGGUCUGCUUUGAAAUGGACCCUACUGGGCAUCUACAUGAGUAUAAAGAACGAAAACGUAUGGAUUCUGAGGUGCUUUGUAUGGCCAUUGGAAGCGUCGCUCCUGGCGAACAAAGGGCAUGGUUUCUGGCAGUUGGGUUGGCCAAUGACACUGUUCAAAUAAUGUCAUUAGACCCUGCGGAUUGUCUGUCUUCUCGUGCAAUGCAGGUCUUACCAGCUUGCCCGGAAUCCUUAUGUAUAGUAGAAAUGGGAGGAGGCGGAGAUACAGAAAGCUCAGGCGCCCAGGCCGGUAGUACUUUAUACUUGAAUAUAGGCCUACAGAACGGUGCUUUACUAAUAGCUGUAUUGGAUCCAGUAACAGGAGAAUUAACUGACACGAGAACAAGAUAUUUAGGGUCUAGACCUGUCAAGCUGUUCAGAAUACGAAUGCAAAAUUCAGAAGCAGUCCUAGCAAUGAGUAGCCGAUCGUGGCUUAGUUAUUACUAUCAAAGUCGAUUUUAUUUGACGCCUCUUUCUUACGAUAGUUUGGAAUAUGCCUCUGGAUUUAGUUCUGAACAGUGUCCAGAAGGAAUUGUUGCGAUCUCGACAAAUACAUUAAGGAUUUUAGCCUUAGAAAAACUUGGCGCUGUGUUUAAUCAAAUAUCAUUUCCAUUAGAAUAUACACCCAGAAAAUUUAUUGUUCAUCCUGAAUCUAGCAAUCUUCUCAUUCUUGAAACAGAACACAAUGCUUACACAGAAGAAACAAAAAAACAAAGACGAUUACAGAAUGCCAAGGAAAUGAAAGAAGCAGCAGGUGAAGACGAACAAGAGUUGGCAAAAGAAAUGGCUGAAGCAUUUUUAAAUGAAGACUUGCCUGAAAAUAUAUUUUCAGCUCCUAAAGCUGGUCAUGGUAUGUGGGCUUCAACUUUGAAAAUUAUGGAUCCUGUUGGAGGGAAUUUGUAUAAAUGUUUACGUUUUGAACAGAAUGAAGCUGCUAUGUCGUUAGCGUUGGUAAAGUUUCAUGGACAGCCAGAACAUCAGUGGUUUUUAAUAUUAGGAAUUGCCAAAGAUUAUCAGCUAAAUCCCCGAAUCUGUACUCAAGGGUUCUUGGAUACUUAUAGGGUAGAUGUCAUGUGCAGAAAACUCGAAUUAGUUCAUAGAACUCCCGUUGAUGAAGUUCCAAUGGCUCUUUGCCCAUAUAAUGGUAGAUUGCUAGCAGGAAUUGGAAGAAUGCUAAGACUAUAUGAUAUGGGCAAGAAGAAACUUCUAAGAAAAUGUGAAAACAAGCAUAUACCAAACGCCAUAGUAAAUAUUCAAGCUAUGGGCAAAAGAAUAUUCGUAUCAGAUAUUCAAGAAUCUGUUUUUAUGGUGCGAUACAAAAGGGCAGAAAACCAACUAAUUAUUUUUGCCGAUGAUACGAACCCAAGAUGGACUACAUGUACUACAGUUUUGGAUUAUAAUUCGGUUGCUACAGCUGAUAAAUUUGGUAAUAUUUCUAUAAUGAGAUUACCAACCAAUGUGAGUGAUGAUGUAGAGGAAGAUCCUACUGGUCACAAAGCAUUGUGGGAUAGGGGAUUACUGAAUGGGGCAUCUCAAAAGACUGAGACCAUAGCAACUUUUCAUGUUGGAGAAACUGUAACCUGGCUUCAAAAAGCAACCCUUAUUCCUGGUGGUAGCGAGUCCCUUCUAUAUACCACAUUAUCAGGAACUGUGGGAGUGCUAGUACCGUUCACUUCACACGAAGACCACGAUUUUUUCCAACAUUUGGAAAUGCACAUGCGCAGCGAAAAUCCACCUCUGUGUUGCAGAGAACAUUUGGCAUUUAGAAGCUACUAUUUCCCAGUUAAGAAUGUGAUUGAUGGUGAUCUUUGUGAACAGUAUAAUUCGCUUGAACCAGCCAAACAAAAAAGUAUUGCUAAUGAUUUAGACAGAACAUCUGCAGAGGUUUCUAAGAAACUAGAAGAUAUACGAACGCGAUAUGCGUUCUAAAUUAUGUUACUUUUAAUUUAAUUUUAUAUGAGUUUCAAACUUCUUUUAUAAUAAAGUAUGCUAUUAAUGUA